GCUCCGAGCGCCUACACCGGACCUCGGACUCGGCUCCUUCUCGGCCUCCCGGUUCCGGGCGAGUGGGAGCUAGGGAACCGGCUGGCGGACAAGGCAAAGCACCCGGAGCCCCGGCGGAGGGAGUGGGCGGAGCGCCAGGCCUGCAGGGAGAGCCCCGACCCCAGCCCAAGCGGGCACGCCCACUUGUCAGUUCCAGAUGGGCGGGGUGUGCCAGCCAAUCAGCGGCGGGGCGGCCGUCUGGCUCGAGGGGGGCUUUGGGCAUGCGUGGGGUGGCCUGGCAUCAGCCCUCCGGGAGCGAUAAACCCAAACACAUCGGCCCUUGGGCUCGAGGGGGAAUGAAAGGUGCGGCGUGCUCACCUGGAGCGGGUCCGGAAGCGCCUUCUGUAAGAGAGGAAAUAAUGGCUCCUGGGCUCCUGACAGCCUGGACCCAAAAGGAGUCGGUGACCUUUGGGGAUGUGGCUGUGGACUUCACCCCGGAGGAGUGGGGGCGCCUGGGCCCUGCCCAGAAGGAGCUGUACCGGGAGGUGAUGCUGGAGAACUACCAGAACCUGCUUUGCCUGGGACUUGCCAUCUCUAAACCAGAAGUGAUCUGCCACUUGGAGCAGGGGGGAGAACCUUGGGUUUCCAAAGAAGGCCCAGGAUUUAUCUGUGCAGAUCAGAACACUCAACAAGAAUCCAAGGAAUCAUCUCAAAAUCUGGACAUUCCAGUGGAAGAAACUUCACUGGAAAGACUUGUAAUGGAUGGUUCCAUUUUCUCCAAGUUAAGAGGAACCUGUAAAUGGGAUGCCAACUUAGCGAGGCAAAAGAACACUGGGGAGAAACAUUCCUGGUCAGUCAAAACCACACGAAAGAAACUUGUUAGCAUAUCAGGAAACCAUGACUGUAAUAGGCAUGGUAGAGUCUUUAAUCCUGGGCUAGUGCUUUUGCCACAACCAAGAAUAGGAAAGAGUCUUGAUAUGUGUGAUAUUUACAAAAUGACCUUCAGACACUAUAUAGAUAUAAGAAAAUGGAAUGGAAUGUGCUCAAAGAAGACUUUUUCUAACUAUAAUGAAAACAGGAAAUUUUUGAGGGAUAAUUCAGGCCUUACUGAAAAUUGUAAAACAUAUACCAAAGAAAAGCUUUUUGAAUUUAAUAAAUGUGGGGAUACCUUCCAUCCGAGCACAGGGCUGACUGAACAUUGGACAAUUCACUCUGGAGAAAAACCUUAUAAAGCUAACAUGUUUGGGAGAGCUGAUAGCCUGACAACACAGUUUACCCAGUAUCAAAGAACUGAUCUAGGAAAGAAACAGUAUGAAUGUGAUAUAUGUAGGGAGGGCUUCAAUCAGAGGUCAGAACUUACUGAGCAUCAGUCAGUUCCUACUGGAGGGAAACUAUAUAAAUCCAAUGAAUGUAGGCAAACCUUCCAAUGGAAGUUAGCUCUUACUUCCCAUCAGACAAAUAAUACUAAUGAAAAAUCUUAUGGAUGUAAUGAAUGUGGGAAAGUAUUCCAUCAGAAGAGAGGACUUAUUCAACAUCAGAGAAGUCAUACUGUAAAGAAAUGUUAUGAAUGUAAUGAAUGUGGUAAAGCAUUCUCCCAGCGAGCAGGACUUACUAAACAUAACUCAGUUCAUACUGGUGAGAAACCAUAUGAAUGUAAUGAUUGUGGCAAACCCUUUCGACUAAAAGACCAGCUUAAUGAACACCAGAGAACUCAUACUGGAGAGAAGCCAUAUAAAUGUAAUGAAUGUGGGAAGACCUUCUGUAGGCGUUCUAACCUUAACGAACAUGAGAGAAUUCAUACUGGUGAGAAACCUUAUGAGUGUAAUGAAUGUGGGCAGACCUUCCCAAGGAGGUCAGCUCUUACUAAACAUCAGAGACUUCAUAUGGAUAAGAAACCUUAUGACUCUAAUGAAUAUGGGACAACCUGUAGCCAAAAGGCAAAACUUACUCAACACCAAAGAAUUCAUCAUGGAGAGAAACAUUAUGAAAGUGACCAACAACAAAUAAUUCCAAAUAGUGAGAAACCUUAUAAAUGUAAUGAAUGUGGGAAAUCCUUCUGCAGGCCAUCAAACCUUACUGAACAUGAAAGAAUUCAUACUAGUGAGAAAUCUUUUGAUUGUAAUGAAUGUGGUAAGGUCUUCUGCUGGAAUACAGCUCUUAUUAAACAUCAGCAAAUUCAUACUGGUGAGAAACCUUAUAUAUGUAAUGAAUGUGGGAAGACCUUUAGAUGGAGUACAGCUCUUACUAAACAUAGGAGAAUUCACACUGGUGAGAAACCUUAUAUAUGUAAUGAAUGUGGGAAAGCCUUCUGCAAUCGAUCAAACCUUAUUGAACAUGAGAGAAUUCAUACUGGAGAGAAACCUUAUGAAUGUAAUGACUGUGGGAAGGCUUUUUACUGGAGCACAGCCCUUACUAAACAUCAGCGAAUUCAUACUGGUGAAAAACCUUACAAAUGUAAUGUCUGUGGGAAGGCUUUCCGAUGGAGCACAGCCCUUAACAAACAUCAAAGAGUACAUACUGGUGAAAAGCGUUAUGAAUGUAAUGAAUGUGGGAAGGCCUUUUUCUGGAGUGCUGCUCUUACUCUACAUCAGAGAAUCCAUACUGGUGAGAAACCUUAUGAAUGUGGUGAAUGUGGGAAGGCCUUCCGUUGGAGUGCAGCUCUUAAUAAACACCAGAGAGUUCAUACUGGUGAGAAACCUUAUGAAUGUGGUGAAUGUGGGAAGGCCUUUUACUGGAGCAUAGCUCUUACUAAACACCAGAGAAGUCAUACUGGUGAAAAACCCUAUGAAUGUAAUGAAUGUGGGAAAGCCUUCCAACUAAAAGGACAACUUAGUCAACAUCAGACAAUUCACACUGGUGAGAAACCUUAUGAAUGUAAUGAAUGUGGAAAGGCCUUUAGCCGGAAGAUAAGACUUAUUCAGCAUCAGAGAAUUCAUACUGGUGAGAAACCUUAUGAAUGUGAUGAAUGUAGAAAGGCUUUCCGACUGAAAGGACAGCUUAAUCAACAUCAAAUAAUUCAUACUGGUGAGAAACCUUAUGAAUGUAAUGAAUGUAGGAAGGCCUUCACCCGAAAGGUUAGACUUAUUCAACAUCAAAGAAUUCAUACUGGUGAGAAACCUUAUGAAUGUAAUGAAUGUGGGAAGGCCUUCCGAAUAAAAGGAAAGCUUAGUCAACAUCAAAUAAUUCAUACUUCUAAGAAACUUUAUAAAUGUAAUGAUUGUGGAAAGGCCUUUAGUGAGAAGAUAAAACUUAUUCAACAUCAGAGAAUUCACACUGGCUAGAUUAUAAAUAUGAAUGCAAGGUCUUCCACCUGAUUCCCUCUCUUAUGGAAUGCCAGAGAAUUUAUACACAAGAGAAGCCUUGAGUAUAAUGAAUGUGGGAAGGCUUUUAGUUAUGGUUGAGAAUUUUAAAGAUACCAUGGGAUUCAUAGUGGAAAGAAAACUUAUGAUUAUUAAAUGUGGAGGGUGGGGGCAGUAAGUCUAAUGCCUGACCACACAACUCAGUAAGCAUAAAAGAAUUCAUACUGUAAAGAAGUAAAAUGUGGGAGGGAGCGCUUCUUCAUCAAACUCUUACUACAUUUUUAUAAAGCCAUACUUUUUAGAAACCUUAGAGAUUUAAUAAAUAUGAAAAGUACUUCUCCUUGAGGUCACAUCUUAACUAUGUUUCAAAGAAUUCACUCCAAUUUUUUUUUUUUUGGUGAGGCAAUUGGGGUUAAGUGACUUACCUGGGGUCACACAGCUAGUAAUGUUAAGUGUCUGAGGCCAGAUUUGAACUCAGGUCCUUCUGAAUCCAGGGCUGGUGCUCUAUCCACUGCACCACUUAGCUUCCCCUCAAAGAAUUCACUUUAGUGAGAAACUGCAUAUGGGAAUGCUGCCAGGGGACAUAUUGAAUAUUAAAUUACAAAAGAAAAUUCAUAUUGGAAAGAAACAUUAUGAAUGUGUUCAAUAUAGAAUGGCUGUUGGUUGGGGUCAAUGGCUUAUGGAGCAAGAAAAUUCAUACUGGACAGACCUUAAGAAUAUAAUCAAUGAGUGGAGGCAUUUUACUUAUGAAGAGAGCAUACUUAGCAUACAUCUAGAGCUGCAUGGGAUCUCAGAGCUUAUAUAGCCCCACUCCUUAAUUUUAAAGAUGAAGAAACUGAAAUGCAGAGAAUUAAACAACGUGCCCAAGGUCACACUAACAUUACUGUAGGAUUUGGACCCAGGUUUUCUGACUCCAGUUACUGCUCUUUGCACAGUGCCACACUGCAUUAGAGAAUACAUUCUGUAAAGAAAUUUUAUGGAUCUAAUGCUUUGGGAAAGGCUUUGCUCCAGAGAAAACACUCAGUACCAUUGUGAAGUAAUGAUUAAAAACUGCAUUCAUGUAACAAAUGUGGAGCCAAAACAUGAAAUUUAUUCAGCAUCAGAUCAUUCAUAUGGAGAAGUCUCAUGGCUUUUCUUAAAGCCUAAUCCCAUGCGUGCCAUGUCAGUUCUUUUCCUCAAGAGUUAUUGAAACACCUGCCUAGUCUUGAGUGACUAAGGAUCCUGCUUCAGGUCAUUGGCAUAGCUUCCUGGUCACCCUAAUAUAAAAGCCAUGAGGAGCAUCACCUCUUUUUCAGACACUUCUGACUUUGAACCAAGAGCAUCAUCAACACCAGGAAGCUGCAUUCAGGUAAAUCAGUGUAUCCUCUCUAAAUACCCUUGUAGAAUAUCCUUCCUCUCCUAAUGGCUAAGUAAGUAAACCUUUUGUAACCUGUUGAAGGAGCUACAGGUGUCUCAUUUUGUUCCAGUAUUAGACCUAAACUACAAGAGGACUAACCUGAGUUGGACCUGACCAAAGAUAUUAGCCUUUGUUGAAAAUUUUAGCACUAAAACUUAAGGGAAACCCUAUAGAUCAGGGGUUGGCAGACCCCAAAGGUCAAAUCUGACCCACAUCUGUUUUUGGACCCCCUGUGUUUUAACAAAAACCUUUUAACAAAAUCAUCCUUACCUCACAGGCUAUAAAAAAUAGGUUGUGGGAGGCAGCUAGAUGGUGCAGUGGAUAGAGCACUGGCCCUGAAUUCAGGAGUACCUGAGUUCAAAUCUUACCUCAGAAACUUAACAAUUACUAGCUGUGUGACCCUGGGCAAGUCACUUGACCCCAAUUGCCUCACAAAAAAAAAAAAAAAGGUUGUGGGCCAUGGUUUAUUUACUCCUGCUAUAAAUGAAGCAGAUCCCUCUACUUUCUAGUAGACAGUAGCAUAUCUACUUUAUAUAUUAUCUCAUAGUGGCUAUGCCAAACAUUUUCCUCCUCAAAUCCCCAAACACUUGCCAAUGACAACCCCCAAACCUACCCCACCCAAUUUAGAGUUGUAAUUAUUGAGGAAAUUGGAUGUAUUCACCUAGAAGCUCACUCCCUGAGCUCUGCUACUUUAAAAAUUAUGAAAAUUGGGGCAGCUAGAUGGCGCUGUGGAUAGAACACCG